AUUGAUGAAUUCAAAGUGCUCCUUGCGGAUAUCGCUUCAUAUUUGUUUGUGAUGGCGCGAUUCGCGCUGUUUGUGUAGGCACAAUGUAUUCAUCCAACACCAUUCCUCAACCCCACGUGUCGCAGCGUGCUGAUGAGCAUGAUGAAAAGCCUCAGAUCCUAUUGACAUUUGGGGAAAAGCGACCUCGGGAGCUUUCAUUUCUUCUAUUUCUAAUUAUCAAUCUAUAGCCUAGAACUGGAAGAAGCCAUAGCCCUUUUGCUGGAAUUGUAAGUAUAGGAAGUAUGAUGCAUCUUCGUUCAUGCAGAAAUGAGACCUGCAUCCCAUAUAACAAAACUACACGCUCACCACAGAUCUCCAGAUGCUCCAUUCUGUCAUGUGGAUGGAGAGCUCUUUGUUCAUUCACGGGGGAGACGGUCGCAAUGUUUGCUCUUUGGGUUGUCCUCAACUUGGCCCCAGCUUUACCGUUGUUUGAUCAUAGAGGUUGCGAAGAGCUUUAAGCCUUAAUCCUAAGCAGACAUACACGGCGAAUAUGAACAGCCUAUUUGCCGCCCACUCACAAGUGUGUCCUACCAAACUAUCAUCCCGAAUAACAUCAAGCCACGAUAAACAGUCAUUCAGCUCUGGCCAGCUAAAUGCAGGACGCGCUAGCACAACAAACCAUCACUCAUCCUCGGGAGCAUUUCUAUCCAAGAUCAGUCACUCUGGGGACCGCAAUGGCCAUACCGAGGGAUCUCAGUGCGAAGUCGGCGACUGUCAUCUCAACCAACUUCCCGGGACGGCAUAUUGCAAAUACCACACAUGCCGCACGGAAAGCUGCGUCGAUAUACGGGCGCUAGGCUCGCGGUACUGUCUCGGCCAUAAGUGCCGCUCUUGCAGCGCCGUGGCAGAGGCAGAGAGCAGCUACUGCGGAACUCAUAAAUGCAGUCACCCAUUCUGCGUGCGACGAAAGCCGAGCGGACAGAAAUGGUGCAAGCAGCACACAUGUCGAUGGACAGUGUGUAUUGAAGCUCCUGCGCAAGGCAAAAGAUACUGUCUGGACCACGCCUGCGCAGCCGGGGAUUGCGCCCUCAAAGUCCUUUCUGUUGGUUGUCUGCUGGGAAAUUACUGUUGUUGCCACAGCUGUUCUGUAGAGGCGUGUCUGCUUCGGGUGUCGUCCGCAGGAGUCUUCUGCGCGGAGCACGAGUGUUCGACUCGUGGAUGUCCCAACUCUAGACUCUGGGACGAUGGCCGUGGCCCUACUCGGGUGCAUGAAUGCUGCAAAUACCAUACCUGUGUGCAGAGGGGAUGCUUUGCUCCAGUUUCUCAUCCCGGCACUCUUUGUGAUCGCCAUUUCGAAGAUGACUUGAGAGCGCCGAGCUCGGGACUGCUUACGGCGUAAAUUCCCAAUCACCGCAUGGCAACGAGUAAUUCUUUGAUGCUAAACUGAUGAGCACUGUCGUUCGUUGGCUUAGUAGUUGGUAUGGGGUUGUAUGUUGAUGGUUGUGACUACACGGAGGUUCUGUGACUGCUGUGAACUGGUGAUAUUCCAUCUGUCAUACGGCCAAGGCUAGAGCCCUUGUCACACCGUCUGUGCCACCAGUAUCCUACGGAGAUUCCGUAUUAUAGAGGUCGGUCAUGGCGUUCAAACAGAGCACUAUACGAGUCAUUCGUUACUUUAUUUCUCAAAGGGACAUAAAAUGGGUGUAUGGAAACCCAAUUUGAAUAGUAAGAGUUGAUAAUGCAGGACCGGUUCUGAAAUGGCAACCGGCCAGUGACUCAUGUAGAACGACGCCAAGCAUCCGAUCGCAGUGA